AUGCCGAAGAAGCCGGUGCUUGUCACCCUCGAGGAGUUUGAGGAACUCAAAACGCAACUGCAGGGCCGUAUCGAUGGUGUGUUGAAGGAGCUGCGUACCAAGGUGCCGGGAUGUGAAGACCGCAUCGCUGAGCUCCAGAUCGCGAAGACGAAGCUGGCCCAGGAUGUGGAGGUGGCGAUAACUGCGACGAAGCGAGUAGGAGACGAUGCCCAGGCGACGACGACCAACAUGGUAGGCGAGCUGGACAGUCGUCUCAGCGCCAAAGUGGCGGACCUCCUGGCACAGCUGCAGCACUCCGACGAGGCCCUGACGCGGGACUUGACCACAUCGGAGGGGGAGACCCGCAAGCUUCUCGCCGACGAGCUCACAGCGCUGUGCGAGCGCUUGGAUCAGGAGCUGUCCUUGGUCCGCCGCGAAAUGGCGGAGUCCAUGGAGCGUGCGGCGGGCGAUAUCCGGGCAGAAAUGCAGAAGCUGAGUGCGUCGCUUUCGGCGAACAUCGCUGAGAGCCAGCAGCGGAGCCUGGACAAUGCAUCUGGGUUGAAGGCCUACCGGGAGCACACGGACGCCGUACUUCAUCGGGAGCAGAAGGCGCGGACGCUGGAAGAGGAGCGAGUCAAGGUGGCCGAGGCAGACAUUUGGAUGAGGCUGGACCGGCUAAGCGAGCUGGUGCAGGAAGCAGAUGCUAACAAGGAUUUACUGCAUGUUUCUGCUAUCGGCUGUGCCAUUCAUUGCUUCGACUCGUCUGGAAGUAAAUGCUUCAUGAGCAUGGAGCCCAAGGCAAUGGAGGAAGUCCGAGUCACGACCGGCGAGAUGGACCACAAGAUUACACAGGCUGCUAACGUGGUGCUUUUGGUUUCGGACGCAUCCGUAGGUCUUCAUCAGACUUCUUCCUUUGAGUGGUGCUGA